AUCGACUUUUCAUUUGGCGCGUAAUACUCCUAAUUUUUUUACUCAUCUCGUCCAUAAUUUCCUUCGUGGGCUACAUCAAGUUCGAAUUAGUAGAAGCUGUCAGACCAACCAGGAUAGUCAACUGGGUUCUCUAGACAUCCUUUUCAAUACUUUUGCUUGCCAAUAAGCAUGAAGACGUUCACCAUACACAGGAUUUAAUUUAUAGAUUUAAAGUUUAUCUUUAUGUAAUACGUAGCCAUUGACUAUCUUUCAUAACUAAUACAUUAAAAAGAAAGAAAGAAAGAAAAGGAAAACGAUGUUGUGUAGUAUAAGAAAUUGCAUGCCGUUUGUGGUGAGACGUAUCUCGUUAUUUCGCCAGAAUAACAAGCGAUACGAGAUAAAUAAUAACAGCGAGUUCGUGAACAAGGUGAUGAACGGCACUGUGCCAGUUAUAGUCAAUUUUCAUGCGGACUGGUGCGAUCCGUGUAAAAUACUGACGCCUAAGUUGAUAGAACUUAUAGAGCCUAUGGACAAACUGGACCUAGCUAUAGUCGAUGUGGAAGAGAAUCCCGAACUGGUGCACGUCUUUGAGGUGAAGGCCGUACCUGCGGUGAUAGCGAUCUCGAACGGCUUGGUCGUAGACAAGUUUAUCGGUUUGGUAAAUAACGAGAUGAUAGAGAACCUAAUACAAAAGCUGACGCACGAUGGACCAAUAACUACGGAAAGUAACGAUACUAAGUCGUAGUCUCGACAACAUAGCGAAUCAUGUAAUACACACUUUAUGCUUCCAUUUCUCUCUAUCAACUAAAUGUAUUUUCAUACUUGUAGAGAGAAUGUAACAUUUCAAAGCUAUUUCGUCCAAGAAUUAUGGCCUUUUUUUAUCUAAUCAUACUCAAAUAAGCAUUGUAUAGGUAAAAAUUUUAGAUAUACAUACAUACAUAUAUAUAUAUAUAUAUAUAUAUAUAUAUAUAUUUAUGUUGUAAAAUGGCAAUAUAACGGUAAUUUAACGAUGAAGCUAAUGUAUAUGUAUUAAUACUCGUGAAUCUGUUGAUGUCUAGAUUAUAUAUAUUAAAAUAUUUAUACUUCUAUAUAGAUAUUCUAUGAUACAGAGCUUGUUCGCGAUAGCCUAUAUUCUUGAAUCGACCAAAAAGAUGUUAGAGAUUCUGCUCGAGAUAUUUAAAAAUAUACGAAAGAGGAUUCCUAUAUAUAUAUAUAUAUAUCAUAGAAGAAAUUAUUAUAGAAUCUAUUGCAAAACCUGUAUGAAACACUUGUGAUAUAUAUCUUUUUAGACACGACUUUUCAAUAUAUAUUCUCGAGAUAUAGCUGUGUUCGUAUUAUCACUUAACGUUUACAUAAGUGGCGUGUAAAUCUAAUAAAAUAUCACUUGUGACGAGUCGAACCGAUAAGGAAUUACGUGCAAUGAUGAUGAUCAAUUUCCAAAGUGAUACGAGUUGCGUUACUUUGGACGUAUACAUAUUUUUAAAAUACGCUUUAUACACAUAUACAUAUAUAUAUUUUUCUGAUGUGGCUUAAUUUCAUUUAAUAAUAUAAUUAAUAAUAAUAAUAAUAAUGUUCAAUAGAUAAUUUUUGUACGCUAAUCUCUUAUAUUGUACAAAAUGUAUAUAUUAAUUUCGGUAAGUUAUUCGAGAGAGGCUAAAGGACAGUUACUUUAACAACUGAAUCGCGCGAAGUGUAUCAUCGUGGCAGUGCAGCCGAGAUAAAUCAUUAUCUAAUCAGAUUUCAAUUUCUCAUUUAUUGUUGAUCAUUGUGUACAAUCAGUGUGUACGAAAGUACUGUCCAUUAAAGAUAUAGUAGGCCAGAGA